AUGAAGGUGCUGGUCACUGGCGCGUCCGGCCUCUUAGGCCGCGCGGUCAUGACGACAUGCAUAGACGCUGGUCACGAAGUGACCGGUGUUGCCUGGCAGCGUGCCACAGACCCGCUCCUGCGCCUGGAUUUGACGGAUACAGCGGCCGUCGAGCAGCUCCUUAUGGAGGUACAGCCAGCCGUGGUCUUGCACACAGCCGCAGAACGACGCCCCGACGUCGUAGAAAAAGACCCUGCUGCUAGCCAUGCCUUGAACGUGGAAGCGCCACGUACAUUGGCGCGCGUAUGCAGCUCCUUGCCGACACCAGCGUAUUUGAUCAAUGUGUCGACGGAUUAUGUCUUUGACGGGACCAGUCCGCCGUACCGUGUCACUGAUGCAUGCCAUCCUCUGAAUGCCUACGGCCAAAGCAAACGCGAUGGCGAGCUGGCUGUGCUAGAAGCAGCGUCGACAGGCAGGGCGACCAACCUGCGCGUGCCUGUAUUGUACGGCAAGGCCGAUAAUAUGAAUGAAUCGGCUGUGAAUACCCUGCUGGCAGUGGUUCAGCAUACUGAUGUGCCUGUACGUAUGGAUGCGCAUGCGGUUCGAUACCCUACCUGCGUCGAGGACGUGGCACGCAUUCUCGAGCAGUUAGCGAGCUUGUAUGCACAGCAUCAGACAACUUCUACGGAUACAGCGAUGCCCCCGACCUUGCAUUUUUCGGCCAAGGAAGCCAUGACCAAGUACGAUAUGUGCUUGGUGCUCUCACGUGUAUGGAAUCAAGUGUGCAAGGCCUCGAAAGCUGGCACACAGCACAUUGAGCCGAUCUACGAUGUAGAUGCACAAGCGGCGACGAAGCGGCCUGUGAAUUGCAAGAUGGAUACAAGUGAAUUAGAGGCGCUAGGACUUGAUCUCACCUGUGUAUCGUUCGAAACAUGGUGGACGGCGUACGCGGGAGAACUGUAUGCCCGUCUCGCCCAGGAGGGCCAUACCGCUGAGACGGACGAAGCGCCGCACGAAGAAACGACGUCGGAGGCCCCUGCGACGACGAAAACCGACGAGGUCGAUGAACAGGCAGAACCGAUAGCCGAGGUGCCAGCGGGGACGUCCACCGCAGACGAGGCGGCAGAGCAGCCUGAGGCUCCAGCGGAGGUCCAGGCCGAAGCAGCUACAUCCGCGCCUGCGUCACCUUCGGCGCCGAACGAUGCAUCCAGCUAUGGGACGCCAUCGCCUACCAGUGAAGCACCAACAGCUGAUGUAGCGGAGCCGCCGCUGUCGUUCCGUGUGAGUGUGAGUGAUCCGCAUCGUGUAGGGGACCCUGUUACAGCGCAUGUCGUGUACACGGUCCGCAUCCUGUCUAAUGCCCCAUGGCUCAGCAAGCCGACAUUGUCGAUUCUACGUCGAUACAGUGAUUUCCGCUGGCUGCAUGCGGCCUUGGUGAGCAAUCAUCCAGGUGUGAUUGUGCCCCCUAUACCAGAAAAAGUCAAGCUGGGGCGCUUUGCACCGGAUGUCGUCGAGUUUCGACGGUACGCGCUGGAGCGCGCAUUGACGAAAAUCCUGCAUCAUCCUCUCUUGCAAAAGGACGAGGAUUUGAUGUUGUUCCUGGAGAGUACGAAUCUUUCUGCUGAUAUCCAUACGCGCGAUGCGAAGAAGGGUCGUGUGAUUACGCCGGAUCAUAAGGCGUACUUUGGCUGGAGUCAUGCGUUGCAGCAGUACCGCUUCCAUGACCAUGACGACUGGUUUGCCCACCAGCUGGCCUACUUGGACAUGCUGGAGUCGCGCCUGAAAGAGGUUGUGGCGUGCAUCACGACACUCUCACAGCGCCGCCAAGAGCUGGCGAGUGCGCAGACGCAGUUGUACCAUGCCCUUAUUGCAUUGUCCAGCAGCAACUUGUCGCGGAGUGUAUCGACGUGCUUUGCCGCCUUGGCAGAGCGCAAGAAGCAGUCGGCCGAUGCCUCUCUUCGCCUGGCGGAGCACGAAGCGCAUGUGCUUGGUUUGGUCGUGUAUGAGUACGAGCGGUUAGCGGGCAGUAUCCGCAAAUCGUUUGCUGCCCGCGAAGAUGUAUGGCAACUGUGGCAGCGGGCCGACGAAGAGCUGGGCAAGUUGCGGUCCAAGCAGGCCAAGCGGCCCGACGAGCACUUGGAUGCGCACAUGAGUCUUGUGACCAAGGCGGAGUUGGCCAGUGCGGCGCAUCGGACCCGCUUUGAAGAAGUAUCGCGUCUCUGCAAGACGGAGAUGGAGCGGUUCGAGCGCGAGAAAGUCAAAGAGAUUCGCGAGGCGCUUGACUCGUACGUCCACACCUUUCAAGCGAUCCAGCAAGAGUCCGCUGAGGCGUGGGCCCACUGUGAAUCGAUCGUGAUGCGCCAUGUCAGCGCAUCCACGGCUUCCUAA